UUACAGGAGCUGGACGAGAUGAAGAAGCGUCUCAAGGAGAUGGAAGAAGAGGCCGCUGCCCUGCGUGAGAUGCAAGCCAAAGUCGAGAAGGAGAUGAGCGCCGUCCAAGAUCCUGCUAGUGCAGCUGCAACUCAAGCAAGCAGGGAGGAGGUAGAUUCUCGGUCGGUGUUUGUUGGAAAUGUGCAAUCUUCAAUCAUUUGAGUUCUCUGAUACCCAAUGUUAGGGGUGCCAGGAAGCUCUAUUUUAAAAUAGCUUGUGGUUGGAAAAAAAAAAGAACAAAAGAAGAUUAAAAAACAAUUCUCUUUAGAAAAAAGGAUGAGUGCAAGGAGGCCAAAGAGAGCAGAAAAUUCAAGGGCCAAAAAAAGGAAAAAAUCUCAGGAAGAGGGGAAAGGAAAAAGAAAAGGGGAAAAAUAAAAAAAGAUGGAUAUGACUAUAGAGUUAGAUGUUUAUAUUAUUGUUAACCAGAGGAUGAGGAAAGAAUGUCAGGAUAUAAGUAUUUUGGCGAGAGCAAACUGAAUUAUAGGACUUCCUGGCUUGGCGUAAGACAAUGGUGCAAGUGGAGUUAUGAAUUCCUUCGUGCUGUCAACAUAAUGGAAUAUCAUGUGAACAUGCAACUUUAGAUGCUGAAGCCUCACCAUUCUUGGAGGUGGAGUUGAAGUUCUUGGAGUGUCUUGUUGCUUUGCAUUAUAUGGUGGAUUAUUCUUGCACACCUGAAGAAGUGCAGCAGCAUUUCCAGUCUUGCGGAACAGUCAACAGGGUCACUAUUCUGACAGACAAGUUUGGUCAGCCAAAGGGGUUUGCUUAUGUUGAAUUUCUGGAAACUGAGGCAGUUCAAGAGGCUAUUCAGUUGAAUGAAUCUGAAUUACAUGGGCGUCAAAUCAAAGUAUCGCCUAAACGAACUAAUGUCCCUGGAAUGAAGCAGUUCCGUCCAAGGCGCUUCAGUCCAUACAUGGGAUAUCGUUUUAGGGGGCCAUAUAUGCCACCAUAUUUUUCCUCUCCAUAUGGAUACGGGAAGGUUCCCAGAUUCAGAAGGCCAAUGCGCUAUAGGCCUUAUUUCUGAGUAGUGGAUGGUCUUGUCAGGCUUCCGUGCUUAGGACCAAAGCAUACAUUUCCUUGAAAUACCUAUGGUUUAACAUUUGCUUCUAUUCUAGCCUGUAUUUUGUGGGCGGUCAGACUUAAAGCAACCCGUGGUUAUCAAUUGGGCUUAACCCGUAUGUUUUUGUUCGUCUCCUAGAAUAGUGACUGCUAUGGUGCGACUGCCGGUCUGUUGAAGGAUAACAUCUUUAUCUGUUAUGCCAUUAUUUUUGCAAAGCAACUCUAUAGUGCUUUCAUAAGAGUCUGCAUGGUCAUUAUAAACUGCCUUGUGGGUACUGUUUGACCCUCAAAAGGUUCCCGAUGUGCAGAAUGUUUCAGCUAAUCUUUCAGUUGCUUCUUUCA